AUGUCUACUUCAUCAUCCAAAGACGCAGAGAAAUGCAUCCCCAAGUUGCUGGUUCGUCUCAGCGAAGCCCGGAAGGCGGCCAACACCGACGACCCGGCGGCUCAAAACAGCUUCCAAAGAAUCCAUGAAGAGCUUGAGAUCAUGCAGAACAUGCUACUCCUACCCAGAGCCAAACAGUGGGAGCAAACUCUCUCAGACCAAUUCAACGCCUUGGAACGCCGUCUCGACAAGUUCAUCUUGGGAUCCCAAGACGGCGAGGCCAUGACCAGCGUGGCCAUCAACCGCGUGCUUGAUCCCAUUUUCGAAAACGUCGAAAACAUCAAGCUCGCUAUUCCUCUUGUCGAGUCCAUGCCUUCGUUUCAACAUGUUCAGGAGUCAUGGACGCGUUCUUCUCAGAGUCAUCAAGUAGCGCAGAAGAAGUCACAGGUGUGGUCUCAACUUGACGUGGAGUAUGGUCUGUACGAGAGUGCAGCCAUGAAUAGUAUAAAGCUGAGCUAUGAUCGUUUAGAGAGCAUCGAGCUGAAGAUGUGCUGUCUAUCUCUUUCGAUCUUUCCUGAGGGUUCUGUGAUAAAGAAGAGGCCUCUGAUUUACUUCUGGAUUGGCCAGGGUUUCGUUACAAGAACACAAGACGAGACAGCAGAGGAGGCAGGCGAAGAAGUCUUCAGAAAGCUCAUGACAUGCAACUUGAUUCAACCACAUGUGAAUGCUUCCAGUAUAUUUGUGAAUAAUUGUACAAUGCAUCCUUGGAUUCAUCGCAUGUUGAUGUUCUUGGCUCAUGAAGCCGAGCUUUUCGACUUCAGUUCAAGAUUGCCAUUCAAGGAAACUCUGAAGUCUAGUUUGGGUGUUUGCUUAACUUUUGAUAAGCCAGUUCCUGAGUUACCUCCAGCUGGUUUCGACAAUGUAAUACCUAUGGUCUUCAAUGUGAGUGCCCAAUAUCUGGUACUAAAACCAGAAUGGUUGAUAGGGUUGAAGACACUCACGGUUCUUCAGCUGGGGAGAUGGCAGAACUCGACUUCUCAUCACAUUGAAGUGGAUGAUGAAGCAUUUCUAGAUGGAUUAGGAUCUCUGAAGCACUUGAAGUAUUUUAGCCUCCGCGGAAUGUCAACAAUUGCCAAGCUCCCUUCUGCUCUCCUUAAGCUUAUCAGCCUUGAAAUUUUGGACCUAAGAGCAUGUCACAACUUGGAGAUGUUGCCUUCGGAUAUCUCAUCGUUGAGGAUGCUCACACAUUUGGAUGUGUCAGAGUGUUACUUGCUUGACAAUAUGCCAAAGGGGAUUGACAAACUCUCUAGCCUAGAAGUUCUGGAAGGUUAUGUGAUAGGAGGACCAAAAAGAACUCCCUGCAGAGUUGGUGAUCUAGCCAAGCUGAAGAAAUUAAAGCGGCUCAGCAUACACAUGGGAAAUGAAGCUGUAGUUAAGGAGGGGGAGUUGGAAGAGUUGGAGAAUUUUCAAUCUCUUCACCGCCUCAAGAUAUCAUGGGGAGUGGUUGCUCCAAAGUUGAGGGAAAAAGUUUCUCAACAGUCCUUGAAACUUUCAUUUCCACCCAAUUUAGAAAAGUUGGAACUUCAAGGCAUCCCAUUAGGACAUGCACCUGAAUGGUUGAAGCCUAGCAAAUUGAAGAAGUUAAAGAAACUCUAUAUUAGGGGUGGAAGGCUUGAUAUUUUGAAUCACAAGGAGACUGAAGAGUGGAAAGUUGAAGUCUUGCGUCUCAAGUACUUGAAGAAAUUGGAAAUAGGAUUUCAACAGUUGCUGGAAGAGUUUCCAAAUCUGCGGUACUUGGAGAAAAUUGACUGCCAUAUGAUUGAAGGGAACACAUAUGAUAAAGACAUUGUUUGGAGCAAAGUGGAAGGCGAUAUAUCAGAUAGGUAUAUCGAUGCUAAGAAAGAAAGUUAG